CCUUGGUGAGUGUAAAUGGAGCCUUUAAACCCCGCUUUAACAACCCCCCUUUCUCCAGAUUCGGGAGAUGAGCAGGCUCUCAGCACCGCCAUCCCCUCCCUGCGGAAGGGAAGCCCACCGACCUGCAGGUGAUAACACGGCAGCAGGACGGUGCCAUGGGAGUGAAGCCCACCGGGGAGCUUCAGGAGCUCCGGGGCAGGCGUGGAGCUGCGGGCUGCCCGCAGAGCAUCUGGCACCAGCACAGCCCACGGGGCCGGGAGCGGGAAGGACGGUUAAACCAGGGCGUGAGGAAUAUAAAUGACAAGGAGAGCAAAAGUCCAGGGAGAUAAGGAAGGUCAACGACUCUGCGGGCUUUAAAAUGGGGCUUCUCAGCAGUGACCUGAAGAAGCAGAUGCUAUAUGGGGGUCUUCUGGGGCAGUCGGGAGACCUCGUCGUGACUUCUGAAGGACUGAGGCAUCCGGGCAACCUCUGGUGCUGCUCCUGCGUGCGUCUGCCUUCCCUUCAGGAAUUCGUGCUGCCUGCCCCGGCUGCUGGGACCCGCUGCCCUGACUUCUGACCCGCGACCCCGGUCCUCCUGGCUCUGCUGAGUGACUCCUGUCCUAACCCAAAGCCCCGCACGAGGUUUGGUUUCAGCCCCCGGAGGCUUUUGGUGAGCCUGCGUGUCAAACGAGGUGGGUCCAUGUCCCAGCUCCAGAGCUCCUGGGGAACGCACCGGCAGGACAUGGCUUAUCUCCCGGACCCAGACAUGGAGACCGUGGCUGCCAGCACGUCGCUUCCCGACCCAGCCGGCGAGUUCGACAGGAACGUGCCCCGAAUCUGUGGGGUGUGUGGGGACAGGGCCACGGGCUUUCACUUCAACGCCAUGACCUGCGAAGGCUGCAAGGGCUUCUUCAGGCGAAGCAUGAAGAGGAAGGCGAUGUUCACGUGUCCGUUCAACGGCGACUGCAAAAUCACCAAGGACAACCGGCGGCACUGCCAGGCCUGCCGGCUGAAGCGCUGCGUGGACAUCGGCAUGAUGAAGGAGUUCAUCCUGACGGACGAGGAGGUCCAGAGGAAGCGCGAGAUGAUACUGAAGCGCAAGGAGGAGGAGGCGCUGAAGGAGAGCCUGAAGCCCAAGCUCUCGGAGGAGCAGCAGAAAGUCAUCGACAUCCUCCUGGAGGCCCACCACAAGACCUACGACCCCACGUACUCCGACUUCACCAAGUUUCGGCCCCCGGUGAGAACCAGGUCCAGCAGCAGGGUGGCGGCGCGGUCCUCCUCCAUGCUCACCCAGGACUUCUCCUCGGAGGACUCCACCGACGCUUUCGGCUCCGAUGCCUUCAGCACGUUCCCCGAGUCCAUGGAGCCCCCGAUGUUUUCAAACCUGGUCCUGUCCGAGGAGAACGACGAGAGCUCCUCCAUGAACAUCGAGUUCUCCCACCUCUCCAUGCUCCCCCACUUGGCUGACCUGGUCAGCUACAGCAUCCAGAAGGUGAUCGGCUUUGCCAAAAUGAUCCCGGGGUUCAGGGAUCUGACCGCGGAGGACCAGAUCGCCCUGCUGAAAUCCAGCGCCAUCGAGGUGAUCAUGCUGCGCUCGAACCAGUCCUUCACCCUCGAGGACAUGUCGUGGACCUGCGGCAGCACUGACUUCAAGUACAAAGUCAGCGACGUCACCCAGGCCGGCCACAGCAUGGACCUGCUCGAGCCGCUCGUGAAAUUCCAGGUCGGUUUGAAGAAGCUGAACCUUCACGAAGAAGAGCACGUGCUGCUCAUGGCCAUCUGCAUCCUGUCCCCAGAUCGCCCCGGCGUGCAGGACACCUCGCUGGUGGAGGCCAUCCAGGAUCGCCUCUCGGACAUCCUGCAGACCUACAUCCGCUGCCGGCACCCGCCGCCCGGCAGCCGCCUGCUCUACGCCAAGAUGAUCCAGAAGCUGGCCGACCUGCGCAGCCUCAACGAGGAGCACUCCAAGCAGUACCGCUGCCUCUCCUUCCAGCCCGAGCACAGCAUGCAGCUCACGCCGCUGGUGCUCGAGGUCUUCGGCAACGAGAUCUCCUGACUCCCACCGCCGCGGGCCGGGGCGCCCACCAGGAAAGGGAUAAGUCAGCCCGG